AUGGAUAAAACGGGCACAUCAUAUGAAUUACUUCGAGAAAUCGAAAAGAAGGGUAUCCUUCUCCUUUCUAUAGAUAGCAUAUCGUUCGAAGUUCACGUCUGCUUUAUUCAGCGGCGAUUGAAGAAUCGAGGAGGUCACGAAAAAUGUUUGGUACCAGCUAGUACUGCCAUUCUAGGGCUCCCUUUGUCUUAUGCUAUAAUUCGGCAUACGGCAAUUCGAUUAAACUCGGAGCACAAUCUUGUUGAUGACUUCAAGGCAUCAAAGUCAUGGAUAGGCAAAUUCGUGCGCGAGUGUGGUCUACGCUCUAGAAAGGUGACGCGAUUUGUCACCACAGCCACCUUACGUUCUAAAGAUGAUGUGGAAGCGGCCGCCGAUGGUUUCGUCAAGAGGCGAUACAUCCGACGCAUUCACGACCACGUGAUACAUCAUCAGUCGGAUUUCGCGUAUAGCAGGGACAAUAUUUUGAAGUCGAUUGCUGAUUUAAAGGUAGCCCAAUCACCUCUCGGUAACGGAGGUCAGUUCACAGUCAAGCUCAACGUUCUUGUGCUGAAUUGA